UAUGUCUUGAAUUUGAUGAGGAAAUUCACAAAUGGGGCUGAAUUGAUUCGACCUGCACAAACACUGUUUGCUACAAAUGUUUUGACUGUGCAGGGUAUAGUCAAGCAAAGAUCUUCUCUCAGGCAGAUGUUUUCAAGUGAUGAUUGGGCUGCAUAUCCACAUGCCUAUAAAAGAAAGGCUACGACAGUUGUGGAUACUAUCUUCGAUGUUGACUUUUGGGAAUCAUGUGUGUACUUAUUGAAGAUUUGUGUACCUCUAGUGAAAGUCCUCAGAUUAGUUGAUAGUGAAGAUAGACCUUCUAUUGGAUAUUUAUACGAGUCUAUGGAUAGAGCCAAGGAAGCCAUUAGAGAUAAUAUGAAGGGAAAAAAGAAGUUGUACAUGCCUAUAUGGAAGAUUAUAGAUGAAAGGUGGUCUGGACAACUUCAUCGUCCACUUCAUGCAGCAGCCUACUACCUAAAUCCUGCUAUUAGAUAUCUUCCUACUUUUAAGAAGGACAGAGAGGUCGAGUAUGGCAUGUUGGAUUGCAUUGAUGUAUUAGUAAGUGAUAGUAAAGAACAAGACGCUAUCCAUAUGUCGAUCAACAAAUAUGAUACGGCUUCUGGUACCAUGGCGAGAGACACAACAGUUCGAUGCAGGACAACUAUGCGUCCAGAUUUGUGGUGGGAAAGGUUUGGGCCUGAUUGCCCAGAAUUAAGGAAGCUUGCAAUUAGAAUCCUCAGUCAAACAUGUAGUGCAACUGGAUGUGAAAGAAAUUGGAGUGUAUUUCAGCACAUCCAUAGUAAGAAGAGGAAUAGGCUGGAACAUAAAAGGUUGAAUGACCUUGUUUAUGUUCGUUAUAAUAUGAAGUUGAGACAAAGGCAACUAGAAACAACAUCUACGAGGAAGCAUCACAAUCAAUAUGAUCCUAUCUUCAUUGACCAUUUUGAUAUAUUAGAUUCUUGGGUUGAAGAAGAACCAGCUGCAAUACUUGAUGAGGACGAUCUUGAUUUUUUGAAUGUUGAAGGAGCAGCAGAGAUUGUUGAAGAAGGAGAGGCUGGGGGGGAGCAAUGGAAUGUUGGUGACAUUCCAUUUGCAACAGAGGGGAUAGAAGAAGAAGUUAAUGAAGGAAGUGAAGAUGAUGAUGAAGAAUGAAGAUGAUGAUGCAAAUGACGAUUGACGAUGCUUUUUGUUUUGAGUUUUGAAAACUAUGUCAAUAUGUUCUGAGUUUUGACUUCUGAACUUAUGAAUUGUGAUGUAAUUGAAUACUCUUAGGUUGUUUAGUAUGUUAUUUUGUUUUUUUGAAUGUUUGAUUUCUUAUUUUGGAAUGUCUUGUUCAUAUGCAUAGCUCAC